AAAAGGUAAACAUUGGACGUCAAAAGAUCAAGAAAUUUCAGUCUGUUCCUCUUUCAUUGUUUUUCCUCAUAUAUCCUGUCUGGGGACCCUGGUAGAAGGACCUUCUCGAAAUUCCGAAUAGACAUCCACUGAGUGGCCUUGCACAACUGCUCAGACAUGGAGGAUGAAUUUGACCCUUAUGGGCUACCCCCAGAGGUGACCACUCCCCCUCAUGGGUUGAUAGGAAUGCUCGGACUAGACAUAGCCAACAAGUCGACACACAAGUCAGUAUGGGAAGCCUUCUCCCUCAACCGGAGGACAGACCGCACACCCCUUCACUUCAGACACCUCUCGAGUGACUUCCAGAUCCCUCCCAUGAAGCAGAAGCGUCAGUCCUACGAGUGGUACAUUCCCAAGGGCAUUCUGAAGGCGAACUGGAUCACCAAGUACCUCUACAACAUUCCCGCACUCGUUGUCCUCUUCUACGACCUCGACUGGAAUGACACCAAUUGGGGCGAGAAGAAGACCGAACUGGCCGCAAAGGUGCAGACACUCAAGACGGUGCUGAGUGGCCGCAAUACCCGUGUGGCGCUGGUGCUGAUCCAGAGCGGCAUAAGUGUGCCGGGAGAGGACACAGGUGCAGCAGAGAAGGCAGCGACACUCUGCGCCGCCUGUGACCUCCCUGCCAAGCACCUGUUCGUUCUGCCCCAUUCCGACGCACACCUCUUGGGGUACACAGUGAGGCUGGAGACUGCCCUCAGUGAGAUAGCCUGGUCCUUCUACCUCGGAGAAAUCAAAGGCGUGAGAGCCCACCGUGAUUUCCUCAACAAGACCAACCACAGCCUUCUCUUCGUGCGGCACCAGUUCAAGCUCGGGUUCCUGAACGAGAUGCGUAACGACCGGCAGACGGCUAUUAAACACUAUGCACAGUGCUACCACCAUCUGCUAGAUCUCAGAUCAACGGACACAAACCUCCACGAGAUACGCAUUGUGGCUGCCAUAGUGAACUACAAGAUCUGCCGCCUGGACUUUGCUCUCAACCUCCCCCGAGAUGCCAUUGCUCAGUUCCGCCGACAUAUCGACCUUUUCCGUCAGAGGACUGGGCCCAAGGAGCUCAUAUUUGAGCAUUAUGCGUGGCUCUCUAAACAGUAUCAAAUCUUUGGAGACGUGUUUGAGGAAGCUGUCCGGUUGGGGUUGCCAGCCGUGCAGACACAACACCCUGGCUUCUAUUACCAACAAGCGGCACAGUACGCUGUACUCAGAAGAAAAACAGCACUCCAGGUUUGCAAGGACGUGACUGCGCCGGUUUCGGACUUACUCGAGGGAUGGAACGAGCUGGAGUUCUACGGUCAGCGACCCUGGAGACCUGGCAAGCACUCCUUAGAACCACCUGAACAGCAGAGGGAAGCGGAGGGCAUUAGGGAGGUCCAGUACCAUGAAGUGAAGGAGGUGAACCACUCCAAUGCGAUCAUCCCGCUCUUCUCGUCAGCCAUCAGCCAGUUCAAGAAGUACCGCUGCCCACGUAUCAAGCGUCAUCUCAUGGUACAGAUGGCGGAGGAGUACCACCAGGCCAGCGACCCCUCCAAGGCCCUCACACUGCUGAACCACGUGAUGUGGGACUACCGUAGCGAGCGCUGGUGGGGGCUGCUCUCAUCCUCAUCUCGCCUGGCCCUCCAGUGUGCCUACUGUACAGCCGCCAUCACAGAGUACUUCGGCCUUUCACUGGAGUACGUGGGUGGGCGGGUGCAGGCGUCGGCACAGGAGAAGAGGAGGGUCUUCGAGAACAUGAUGCGGCUGCUCAGUGGUCAGGCACCAGAACCAGAGCCAGACACGCCUCCUGAGGUGGUUACCGUGGCAACAGAGGCCUGGUCAUCCCUGCUAGGUGGAGGACAACUAGCACCUGUCACGGUUGAUAUGACAACGCUGGUGCCCUGCCUAGAGGUCAGGGCUUCCUUCGGGCAGAGCCAGUUCCAUGUGGACCAGGAAGUGGCUAUCACACUCAUGAUAAGGAACACUUGCCAGGAGCCCCUUCAGCUGAGCUCCCUUGGGGUGACCACCAACUCCCCCUCAUACAACGACCGGCUGCUGGAGACGCGGCCAGAGAACCUGCUCCUCGAGCCAAACUGCGUCAAGGAGCUGUCCCUGAGCUUCAAGCCCUUAGUGGAGGAUGUGAGGAAGAAAGUGAAGGUGACGGGUGUGAGGGCCCAGCUAGGGAGUCCAGGGAGCAGCAUGGUGGUGAGUCUGCAGUGGUCAGGGCCCGGCAACGAGGGGGUCACUGUACACGCGGGAAACACUCCGUCCUUCUCGGAGUUCAACAUUCUCUGUGGAGAUAAGUUCGACACAACGGUUCCCAUCGCAGAGACAGAGAUUUUACCAAGGCAACCAAAACUCAGUGUCAAGACAGAGCAUGACUCAACAGCCCUAGUUUGGGAGUGGCUGCCCAUCGCGGUUCAGCUGACCAACGGAGAGGAGAGCUUGGUCUCAGAUGUCUUGGUCAGCUUUGGACUCGACUCCUCCUCACAUUCCAACCUGGAGCAUGCAACACAAGUCUGUACAUCCUCUGGCCUGCAGAGUGACAAACUGGGCUCACAAGUCAACCACUUCCAGUCCGGGGAUUUGGCCGUGGGUAAAGAGAGUUCGCUGACCUUCUAUGUCAAGUGCCUCACUGCUGCAGAGAGGACACUCAACCUUAAGGUGGAAUAUACAGUGACAGGGUCAUCAGGAAGCCACUGUCCCUGUGUGUACGAGAAAUCCUUUCAAAUACAGGCCGUCAUUCCUUUCCAGGUGAGCGUAUCUGUUCAUACAUUCAUAGUUAGUUACGUCAGUGUUAGAAACCCAGGACAAUGCGCUUCGAAAAAGGUGGGCAAGGGUAGCCGGAGCGGAGAAUUUCCUCGCCUGGUCAUUCCAAGGAUCACCGAAGUAAGUGCUUGUCCCAUGUCCCCAUUACGCUACCAAUUCACACUGGCCCUGGCCAAUGAAGCUCAGGUCGUAGGAGGCGAGGCCAUUUCGCAGAUUGCAGACACGGAGCUGUGUGACGGGGAGAUGGGAGCCGAUUGCUUCUGCGUUUCCCUAUCCCCGAGAGCAACGCCAAACACAGCCGUGACUCUGGGGCAGUAUGUGCUUUACUGGAAGAGGUCUUCAAGCAGUUCCCCAGCUGUCAGUGUGAGCGUGGGCCUUCCGUCGGUGGUCGUGGAGCAGUGGGGGGUGUGGGUGGAGUGCGAGGUUCCUCCCCAGGGUGUGGUACGGAGCCCCCUCACUCUGGCCUAUAACAUAGCCAACAACGCUGCGCACACCAUGGAACUGGCCCUCACCAUGCAGGUCUCAGACGCAUUCAUGUUUGCCGGACACAAGGAGGUGAGUAGACUGGUGGUGGCCAGUUACUUACUGAAAAUGCCUUUUAGAAGUUUUUAUUGA